AUGGCAUCUGUCAGUGCUGCUCUUAAGUCUCGUGUUCGUCGCCCCCAAUUGCUCAACAAGGUGGUGAAGGCUGAAGAGACUCUUCCCCUUUUCCAAAACGGCCAGUACCUCGGCUGGUCCGGCUUUACUGGUGUUGGUUACCCCAAGAUGAUUCCCACUGCCCUCGCCGAUCAUGUUGAAAAGAACAACCUUCAAGGCAAGAUGAAAUUCAACCUUUUCGUUGGUGCCUCCACUGGUGCUGAAACUGAGGACCGUUGGGCUACCCUUGACAUGAUUGAUCGUCGCUAUCCUCAUCAAGUUGGCAAGAACAUCAAGAAGGGUAUCAAUGAAGGCCGUAUUCGUUUCGCCGAUAAGCACUUGUCCAUGUUCCCCCAGGAUUUGCUCUAUGGUUACUAUACCAAGGAUAAACCCAACAACAAGCUUGACGUGGUCAUUGUUGAAGCUACUGCCAUUACUGAAGAUGGUGCCAUUGUGCCUGGUGCCUCUGUUGGUGCCACCCCUGAAUUGCUCCAAAUGGCUGAUAAGGUCAUUAUUGAAGUCAACACUCGUAUUCCAUCCUUCGAAGGUCUCCAUGACUUGACCAUGGGCAGCAAGCCACCAAACCGUAAGCCUUACUUGAUCAUGAGCGUUGAAGAUAGAAUCGGUUCGACGGCUAUUCCCAUCGAUCAAGACAAGAUUGUCGCCAUUAUCGAAAGUGAUCGCCCUGAUAACACUGGUCCCAACACCCCUGCUGAUGCCAACUCUGAAGCCAUUGCUGGUCACUUGAUCGACUUUUUGAGCCAUGAGGUCAAGAUGGGUCGUCUUCCUGAUAACUUGCUUCCCUUGCAAUCGGGCAUUGGUAACAUUGCCAAUGCUGUCAUUGGUGGAUUGGCCAAGUCUCCUUUCAAGGAUGUCACUGUCUUUACAGAAGUGUUGCAGGAUACUUUCCUUGAAUUCUUUGACUCGGACAAGCUCAAGUUUGCAAGUGCCACAUCCAUUCGUUUCUCGCCUGAAGGAUUUGAUCGCUUCUACAACAACUGGGAAAAGUACAAGGAUCGUCUCUUGUUGCGUUCUCAGCAAGUAUCCAAUUCACCCGAAAUCAUUCGUCGCCUUGGUUGUAUUGCCAUGAACACCCCCGUUGAAGUGGACAUUUAUGCACAUGCCAAUUCGACAAUGGUGUGCGGUUCCGGUAUGUUGAAUGGCUUGGGUGGUUCAGCCGACUUUUUGAGAAACUCCAAGUUGUCAAUCAUGCAUACACCUUCCGCUCGUCCUUCCAAGAAGGAUCCUACUGGUAUCUCUUGCAUUGUGCCCUUCGCUACCCACGUUGACCAAACCGAACACGACUUGGAUAUCAUUGUCACUGAACAAGGCCUGGCCGAUUUGCGCGGUCUUUGCCCUCGUGAUCGUGCCCAAGUUAUCAUUGACAAGUGCGCUCAUCCUGAUUACAAACCUCUCCUCAAGGACUACUUUGACUUUGCCACUAAGCGCUGCCUUGCAGCUGGCCGUGGUCACCAACCUCACAUGCUUGACAAGGCCUUCAAGAUGCAUACCAACUUGAUGGAGAAUGGUACCAUGAAGAUCGACUCUUGGUAA